CUGGUGAAGAAACAAAAAAGAAAAUAAAAAGAAAGAAACAAUACACUAUAGAGAGAGAAAGAGAUGAAUGAAGGGUAAGCACUUUUCUACUUUUUUACGUUGCACCUGCACGCAUCCAUGGCAGAAAACACAAGGCAGACAGAGUACUACUCCUUGGUCGACUUCACGAUACAAAAUUAACCAAUUCCUCCCACAUACCAAUCCACCAUUUCCCCCUUCUUCUUCUUCACCUAUUCUCAUUCUUCAUUGUCUACACACAUACAUGCAUGUAUAUACUAACUCCCUGCAUUCUGUUUACUCUUUGAUUUUGUGUUCCUUUUCCGUUUCUCGGAAUCUAGGGAUUUAGAUGAAGGGGAUGCCCUUACCCUUUGAUUUUGAGGGGAAGGGUGUGUUAGACUUUGAUUUUGCAGUGAAGAACAAAGAUUUCAUCUCAGAUUUCGGUGAGCCAACAUCUGUCCUCGACUCAGCAAGAAUUCCGAGUAGGCCUACUUCCUCUUCAACCCUGUCUUCCUCUCUCGGCGACACGCCCGGCGUGGCGGCUGUUUCCGACAAUACCCCUUGGCACCAAGACUCCACCACCGCCACCAGCUCCAAUGCCGGACCACCUCACUCCGACCUCCUCCCCGUUCCGCCGCUGAAUCUAGAGAUCGGAACAGCAGCAGCCACCGCUAACCCGGAGAAAUUCGCCAUGGAGGACUGGGAGAGCGUGCUGUCUGAGUCCGCCGCCGUCUCGCCCAGCCAGGAGCAGGCCUUCCUCCGUUGGGUGAUGGGUGAUGUGGAGGACUCUCAUCUCAGUAAGUCCAUCCAAAUUGGAGGAGGAGGCGCGGCGGAGUUCGAUUUCGGUAGCGGCGGCUUCGGAGUUGUAGAUCAGGGGUUCGGCGGGGACCAAUUUGGGGCAAUUUCAAACUACAGAUCCAGCGCUGAAAUGAAGCCGCCUCCAAUUUUCAACCCGCAGCUGCUCAUGAAUCAGCAGCCCCCCUUCUUCUUCCCGCAGCAGCAAGAGCAGAACCUCUUCGGGCCUCCUCAGGCGAAGCGGCACAACGCCGGUGAGGAGCAGAUCUCGAGAGACACUGGUCAGCUCCCUCAUUACCUGCAUCAGCAGAAGCCCAAAAUGGAGGAAUUAGGUCACCAGCAGCAGCAGCAGGCCAUAGUCGACCAGCUAUUCAAGGCUGCAGAGCUGGUCCAGACGGGAAAUCCAGUACUCGCGCAAGGGAUAUUGGCGCGGCUCAAUCACCAGCUCUCUCCCAUUGGUAAGCCUUUCAACAGGGCUGCUUUUUAUUGCAAGGAGGCUUUGCAACUCCUCCUCCACACUAAUGCUAAUGCUAAUGCUAAUGAGCUCAACAACUCCAACUCCUCACCUUUUAGCCUCGUUUUCAAGAUUGGUGCUUACAAAUCUUUCUCUGAGAUCUCCCCACUUGUCCAAUUUGCCAAUUUCACCUGCAACCAAGCCAUUCUUGAGGUUCUCCAAGGCUUUGAUAAGUUUCAUAUUGUCGAUUUCGAUAUUGGCUAUGGCGGCCAGUGGGCCUCUCUUAUGCAGGAGCUUGCACUGCGCGGAGGGGGCUCCCCCUCCUUCAAGGUUACUGCCCUCGCCUCUACUUCCACCCAUGAUCAGCUCGAGCUCGGCCUCACACGAGAGAAUCUCAUCCAGUUUGCCGCUGAGAUUAACAUUGCAUUCGAGUUUGAGGCUAUAAGUAUUGAUUCCUUGAAUUCUGCUUCGUGGUCUCUCCCUUUCCACGUGCAAGAGAACGAGGCAAUUGCGGUGAAUCUCCCUGUUGGCUCUCUUGCCAAUCACCAGUUCUCCGUGCCAUUGAUAAUGCGCUUUGUCAAGCAGCUCUCACCAAGGAUUGUUGUCUCUGUCGACAGAGGCUGUGAUAGGACUGACCUUCCCUUUGCCAACCACAUAGUUCACGCCCUCCAGUCUUACUCAAACCUGCUCGAGUCUCUUGAUGCUGUCAAUGUGAAUAUGGACGCUCUGCAGAAGAUUGAGAGAUUCUUGCUCCAGCCGGGGAUUGAGAAGAUUGUGAUUGGCCGUCUUCGCUCACCUGAAAAGACGCAGCAUUGGAGGGCUCUCUUUUUGUCUUCAGGGUUCUCCCCUGUAACGUUUAGCAACUUCACAGAAUCACAAGCGGAGUGUGUGAUAAAGAGGACUCCCGUUCGAGGUUUUCAAGUGGAGAAGAGGCAGUCUUCUCUCGUUUUAUGUUGGCAAAGGAAGGAACUCAUCUCUGCUACGGCCUGGAGAUGCUGAAGCUCUUGGAAUUCUCCUCGAAGGUGCCAUGAAUUUUCGCAAACUCAACUACUGCCUUAAAAUUUUUAUGAAUAUUCAUCUUGCCUGAGUUUCCAACUUUCGAAUGAACCAGGCACAUUUUAGUACUGGAUGUUCUAAUAUAGUUAAAUCUUAUUCGAUGCCGUAUGUUAAUUGUGGAUCUUGGUGAUUGAUUUAUUAUGUUUGUAACCAUACACUGGCAGUAUUGCAAAACCAGGAAUGGGAAGGAAAAAAAUCAAAAGAAUUUAA